AUGCAAGCUAAGUCUGUGGUUGAUGAUGAGGUUGUAGCGUCUUAUAAGCAGGCAUGUACACAAGCUACUGUCCCACACUCAGGUAAUAGCAUAAAGUCUCAAACUAUAUGUAAAAUAACAAUUGAUGAUAUUGCUGAGGAACAUAACCACGUCAAAUUACCACAACAUAAUGUCAAGUAUUGGGGUGAAUCUACAUUGAGGAAAAUUGUGGGAUACCUUGGUCGACCACUUAAGAUUGAUACAGCCACGUUAAAAAUAGAGCGUAUGUGGUACGCACAAGUAUUAGUUGAUAUGGACAUUAAUGAGGGGUUCCCGGAGGAGCUAUACUAUACUAAUGAACAUGAUGAACUGGUGACUCAACUGGUGCAAUACGAAUGGAUUCCACUAUGGUGCUCUAAAUGUAGCCAGUUUGGACAUAUGAAUACGGAAUGUAGGGUUGGUAUAAAGCAAACAAAAAGUUAUGCGAACCUUGCGGUGGAUGAGGAUGGAUUUAGAUCGGUCAAAACUAGGUUGGUACAUAAGAGCAAAGAGACACCAAAGGAGAAUGGUGAACAACUAAAUGCUAUCAAUCCUGGGUUAAUCGAACAAGAAACCCAUGUGGAUGGAGUAUCGAGUAAGAAGUCCGAAACUGCACUUUGCAGCUAUGCAGAUAAUACAACCAUUCAUAAAGGGCGGGUAAACCGGAAGCCAUCCAUUGGGACUAAAUGUGACACCAUCAAUAUCAGCAAUGGGCUAAACAAAGCAAGCAAACAAGACGAAGUUGCAAGGUUCAUCUCAUGCCACAACAUUAGCCUAUUUGGUCUUCCUAAAACAAAGGUAAAGAGAAACGGGCUAGGUCGUUUUCACCAAAACAUUUGCCUAGGGUGGUGUUUUACCCACAAUCCGGAUUGGCAUAGAGGUAGAAUUGUAGUAGCUUGGAAAAGUGAGGAAGUAAAGGUUGAUAUCUUGACAUACCAUAGUCAAUAUAUUCAUCUACAGGUUUCGCCUACAGUUGGUAGCAAUUUCUUAUGCACCUUGGUCUACGGUGCAACAGACAAAAAUACUAGAUCAGAGCUCCUAAAUCAUCUAGAAGAUAUAAGGAAACAAAUAUCUAAACCCUGGAUUAUUCUGGGUGACUUCAAUUGUAUUGCAAACCUUAAUGAGAGGAUUGGUACCAUACCCAGGCUUACAGAAACCAUUCCUUUGAGACAUUGUAUGGACUUGUGGAUUAUAUGA